AUGCCCAUGUCGUCAGCUGCCCAAUCACCUCCACGGGUUCAGUCGCGUGUACCCACACCCCAAACCGCAGCAACCUUCCCAAAGAACCACUCACCCAAUUACCGACCCAGAAGUCCUGGGCAUCGUACUGGUGCUGGUCUUGGGAAUGCUCAUCCAGUGCAACAAACUGGAUCAAGUGUACGGGAGUACCAAAAAACAUCAGUGCUCAAACCUGAGCCUAGCGCUGGUAAUCAGCAAGCUCAGGGUACAGAACCAACGUAUCAGUCGAGGUUUCAGAACAAUCAACAACAAACUAACAAACCUCCAGUUCAACCUUCAGUACCUCAACCUCCACGAAAAAUAACCUUCACAUUGAGGCGAAUAGCAGGAGGGUAUAGCACAAAGCAAAAUUCUCAACCCACAAACAAUAAACCCUCGAAUACAAAGGUUUCAUUUGACAACCAACCUCUUCAAAAACCGCAAGAUCCUCCACCACAAAUUCAUUCCUAUAAUUCUCAGCCAAAUCCCAAACUUUCAAACAUCUACGGCACUCAAAAGAAGCAGAAUUCUCCUCCGAAUGACCAACAAUCACUGUCAUCAAACAACCAACAGCAGCAAGCAGGUUACUACAGUAAACAAGCAUCAUCUACUUCUCAAAUAGUGAUGUCCAAACUAUCGCAGAACUCGGGGUAUCAAACUAACAAAGAUCCGACCCCACCAGAGCAAUCUCAAAACCUUAACACACAAAGUCAGAAUGUGCAGCCUUCAGUCGGCUUGCAACAAGCAGGAAGUACAGUCAGUCAGGCCAACAGCUGGAAACCAGGAACCGGACCGGGCAGCGACCUAAACAUGCCAGCCUCUGGUCUUACCUCCUAUCAAAGCAGUUCAGGUACAUCCUACCAGAGUCGUCCAAAUCCGCCCCAGAAGCAACAGCAACAAGUUGGAUAUCAACAAACUCAGCAAAAAUUAGGACAGCAACAACAGCAACAGAAUCCUCAAAACGGGGGGUAUCAGAAAUCACAGCAACCACAGCACAAGGUCGGAUAUCAACAACAGCAGCCACAGCCACAGCAACAGCAGCCCCAACAGGGAGGAUAUCAACAGAAACCACAGCAACCACCGCAGAAGGUCGGAUAUCAACAACAGCCACAGCAACAGCAACAGCAACAACAGCCCCAACAGGGAGGAUAUCAACAGAAACCGCAGCAGAAUGUAGGAUAUCAACAACAGCAACAGCAGCCUCAACAGGGAGGAUAUCAGAAGAAGCCACAGCAACCGCCGCAGAAUGUAGGAUAUAAACCUCAGCCACAGCAACAGCAGAAUGGUGGAUAUAAACAGCAACAGUCUUAUCAGUCAAAGAGUCAGCCAGUGCCACAACAAAAUCCCCAAAUGGGAAGUAAAAACGGAGUUGGACAACCAGCAUAUAUGCACGUUGAUAAUAAAAACACCAACAACGUCCUGAGUGGGCAAGUCAACAGACCAGCUGCUGGUCUGACACAAGGGAUGGGGUCUCCCGCAAACAAUCAGGGCACAAGCUACGGUGGACAAGUUCAAACACAGACCAGCCAAACUAAGCAAGGUGGCACCAUGCAACAAGCUGCCUUGAAAUAUAAGUAUAACCUGCAGGGACAACAGCAGAUCAAAGGACAGGGCCAGACGAGUGCUGCUUCGUAUGGUCAGUCUGUAAAUAAUCAACCAGGAAUGCAGAACCAGAAUAGUAAGACCCCUGGAGCGACACAGGUAUCAGGUUACGGUAAUACCGGAUCUCAAGGUCAGUCCACUUCAGGUGGACCUCGGCCCGGAAAUACACAGACUUCAGUACAGAGUCAGAAUCAGAUCAAUAGUGCACGGACAUAUGCUGGACAACAGGCUCAACUGCCCAUACAGUCAUCAGCUGCUGGAUCGGGACAAACGCUGAGUCAGCAUAUUGGUCAGUCAAAUAUCGGUCCUAAUAACCAGGCAGGCGUGUCCAACUCUUACAACACGCAGGGGCGAGGCCAGGGGACUGGACAUUUAGGGUCCGCUGGUCACAAUGGUCUGGGGCAGACAGGAACCGUUAAUCCUGGACUAUCUCAGACCAAUACUGGACUGAUGGGGAAUACAAUGUCAGCACAGAUGAAUCAAGGAACGCAGAACGGCUUAGGUCAGGGUUAUACUCAGGGAGCUCAAAGUAGUGUUAAUCAAGGUAUGCAAAGUGUUGCUGGUCAGACCAUGCAGAAUGGCGUCAGUCAAGGUAUGCAAAAUGGCGCCAAUCAAGGUAUGCAAAAUGGAGCCAAUCAAGGCAUGCAAAAUGGUGCCAAUCAAGGUAUGCAAAAUGGUGCCAAUCAAGGAAUGCAAAACGUUGUUGGACAGAACAUGCAAAAUGGAGUCAAUCAAGGUAUGCAACAUGGCGCCAAUCAAGGCAUGCAAAAUGGUGUCAAUCAAGGAAUGCAAAACGUUGUUGGACAGAGCAUGCAAAAUGGCGUCAAUCAGGGCAUGCAAAAUGGUGCCAAUCAAGGAAUGCAAAAUGUUGUUGGGCAGAGCAUGCAAAAUGGCGUCAAUCAGGGCAUGCAAAAUGGCGCCAAUCAAGGCAUGCAAAAGGGCGCCAAUCAAGGCCAGCAAAAUGGAAACACUCAAGGCAUGCAAAGUGGAGUCAGUCAAGGCAUGCAAAAUGGAAACAAUCAAGGCAUUCAGAAUGGCGUCGGAUUACAAAAUGGCGUAUCAGGUGGAACCUUUCAAAACAAUAAUGUGGGCACCCAGAUGAACACUGGCCAAGCUAGUGGUCUAGCUGCCGGUGGACCUAUUCAGAGUAUUGGAACAUCUGGUGUACCUGGACAGAUGAACACAGGUAGCCAAGGCGGCAUGGCUCAGAAUAGCAUGGUUGCCAAACAGACGAUGGCGGGAAGUAAAACCAUGAUGGCUGGAGGAGGAGGCACAGGAGCUAUGGCAACUGGACUUGGAGGGACGAUGACGGGUCCGGCCCGAGUCAGGGAUCUAGUCCUGCCCUACAGAAACAAAGGAACCGGACUGCUAGGGGCUGAGCCAAUUUCCUUUGAGGUUGGCGUAGGCGGGAGGAUGGUAAUGGACCCCACAGAUGCCCUGAGGUACAAAGCUCAGGGAGGACUGUUACCAAUAAACGGUAUGCCUGGAACACAGGGGGCCAAUGCUGGACAAGUCAUUCACCUGGAAGGACAACCGACAGGGAACAUAUUCACUCAGGCUGCUACAGGCACGGCACACGGUGCCAUUGCUGGAAAUGCUGGCAUGACCGGAACUGUCCGGAAUCAGGCAUCUGUCAAUCUCCCGUCACCACCCGGAACAGGGGUCGUUGCCGGGCAACAAAACAAUCAGCAACAAAUCGUCACUAACCAGCAACCAGUCAAUCAGAUCAGCUUCAGAGGGAAACGAUCAGCCAACACCGGGUUAUUUUCUAAAUACAAACUAAAACCAUCAAGCGCCGGAAACAAGGCGGCCCUGAAGUAAUAAUGACAUAUAUCAUCUAUAUAUCAUCUAUAUAUCACAUAUAUGUCUUGAGUCUGUAGAUGGAUCUCAGUUUAAGAAUUAUCUAUGGUUGUUUGAUGUUCAUCGCUAGUUAUGAUGAAACAAGGUCACUCUCUAUGCCAGAUUUCCCCGGUUCACAUCCUCAGAUAUUGUCACAAGCUAUCCUCAUUAUUUAAUCCAAUCUGGCAAGGUUUAAUUCAGAUGAGAACAAAUGUUAAAUAACGAUACACAGGAUAAACAGCACACUACAUAUAAUGAAUAAAAUGACUGUGUUAAAGUGUGCAAAACAAUGUGACAGUUAACUCUCAAAAUUCUAAAAUUUAUCUUAUGGCAUACAAUAUAUAUAUCAUGCAGAUCAUGAUACAAUGUCAGAUACAGUAUGAUAUUUCGUUUCAAUUUAAUGACUAAAUUUGCAUAUUAAUUGCUGAUUAAUUUGUGAACCUGUUUUGUAAACUAAUGUAUCAACAAGAAUCUGACUACAAUAUAAUACGUAAUUAUAUAAACGUUUCAAUUUCUGCAAACCUGCUGAAAGGGAAACAGUGUUCAUGAACACUUGUCAUAUAAAGUUUAUAUAUUCGUGUAUAUGUGUAUCCCGACAAACAAUCAAUAAAACGAUUUUGUAAUUCA